AUGUCGUCCAAGACUCCAUCAGAGAAGGCGCCCCCAAACCCUACUAUCUCGGCGGAUAAGGCUGAGAGUGCACUUGAGGGGACAUACUCAAGUACUCUUGACCCUGCUGCCAUCAGGCGCUUGAACCGCAAGCUCGACCUCCAUGUGUUGCCGCCAUUGUUCAUCUUGUAUUUCCUGUCGUUUCUCGACCGUGGAAAUAUUGGUAAUGUGAAAAUCCAAGGCUUCGAGAAAUCGUUGGGGAUGUCUGGUCAGGACUACUCGAUUGCACUAUGCAUCUUUUUUGUCCCAUACAUUCUUUUCGAAGUUCCGAGCAAUCUGAUCCUCAAGUGCUUGUCACCAAGAAUAUGGCUUAGUAUUCUCGUUACCGGUUGGGGCAUCAUUACCAUGUGUCAAGGUUUUCUUCACAACUUUGGUGAAAUUGUGGCACUUCGAGUUAUCCUAGGUGUGUUUGAAGCUGGAGUGUUCCCUGGUUGCAUGUAUAUACUAGCGAUGUACUAUCCACGAUACGAGCUCCAAUGGCGCUUUGGCAUGUUUUUCCCUUCUUCGACCCUGGCGGGUGCUUUUGGAGGCCUUCUAGCAUACGCGAUUGCCAAAAUGGAUGGCCUAAAGGGCCUCGAAGGCUGGAGGUGGAUUUUUAUCAUUGAAGGUGUCAUUACAGCUGCGUACGGUAUCUGCGUGAAGUGGCUCGUGGUCGACUGGCCUAAUGAGGCAAAGUAUCUGAACGACGACGAAAAGUCACUUCAAAAAGCGAAGAUGACGCAAGAUGAUGGUGAAGCUUCCAUGGAUAGACUCACGCCAGCAGCGAUGAAGCGCAUUUUUCUCGAUUGGAAGAUCUAUCUCGGUUGCAUGCAAGUCACUCUCCUCAUCCCCUCAAUCCAAAAUCAAUGGGUUAAUGAAUCAUUUAGAAUGUAUAUCGGGGCGAUCAAUACUACAUAUGCUGUCUCUUUCUUCGUGCCAACUAUCAUUGCCCAACUGGGUUACACGGCUUCUGAUGCACAGCUCCGAACUAUUCCGCUAUAUAUCGUUGCCGUCCUCAUUCAGCUCUUAUUAACAUACAUGGCCGAUCGACUUCGAAACAGAUGUUUCUUCGCUCUAUUUUCAAUUCUUUUCGGCAUCGUCGGAUACAGUAUUCUCCUCGCAAGCUCUUAUGUAUCCAUCCAUAUCCAAUAUUUUGCAUGUUUCCUCAUCACGAUAACCGGGUAUACAACCCUGCCGCUCGUCCUAGCAUGGGCUACCAACCAGCUUGUCGGUCAGUACAAACGAUCAAUCGGUGUGGCUAUGGUUAUCGGCGGAGGGAACUGCGGUGGGAUCAUCGCGAGCAACAUUUUCCUCGACUCCGAGUCCCCGUAUUACAAGACUGGGUUCUCGGUUUGCCUCGUUCUGUUGUUACUAACCGCCCUGGCGUCAGCUGGAUUUGCUAUUGGGCUUGCCAUGGAAAACAGAGCUCGAGACCGCGGUGAGAGAGACUACAGACUGCAGGAUCAGAGCGAGGCGAAUAAUCUUGGGGAUGACCAUCCGAGUUAUAGAUAUGCUUUGUGA